CCGGUGGUCAGUCCGCGGCGUGGGUGGUGGUCGCGGGUCCCCCUGCCCCGGCCCAGUCCCGGCGCCGCCGCCCGCCCCUCGGUCUCUGAGCAGGUCCGGCCCCGCCGGGAGCGACACCGAGGCCCUGGCGCAACCACCGCCGCCGCCGCCGCCGCCGCCGCGGGCGCCGACCUCGCCAGGGCCGGUGAAGGUGGGCGCCGCCCCCAACCGCCGCCUGGGCGGCGUCCGCGGGGGGCACAUGUCUUCGCCGCCGGGGCGCCGGGCCCGCCUGUCGUCCCCCGGGCCCGACCGCGCGUCCUCCGAGGCCCGCGAGGAGCUGCGGCGCCGCCUCCUGGGCCUAAUCGAGGGUAACCGAGUGAUGAUCUUCAGCAAGAGUUACUGUCCGCACAGCACGCGGGUUAAAGAACUGUUUUCUUCUUUGGGAGUUCAGUUUAAUAUCUUGGAACUUGAUCAAGUUGAUGAUGGGGCCAGUGUUCAAGAAAUGCUGUCAGAGAUCACUAAUCAGAGAACCGUGCCCAAUAUUUUUGUGAAUAAAGUGCAUUUGGGUGGAUGCGAUGGAACUUUCCAGGCACAUCAGAGCGGAUUGUUAGAGAAGCUCCUUCAGGAAGACUCAGCGUACGAUUAUGACCUCAUUGUCAUUGGGGGGGGCUCCGGUGGCCUGGCGUGUGCUCAGGAAGCCGCCAUCUUGGGAAAGAAGGUUCUGGUGCUAGACUUUGUGGUCCCGUCACCUCAGGGCACGUCCUGGGGUCUUGGUGGUACUUGUGUAAAUGUGGGCUGUGUUCCUAAGAAAUUGAUGCAUCAGGCUGCCCUCCUGGGACAGGCAUUAAAUGACUCCAGGAAAUUUGGCUGGGAGUAUAGUCAACAAGUGAAGCACAACUGGGAGACCAUGACGGAAGCGAUUCAGAACCACAUCGGCUCUCUCAACUGGGGCCACCGGCUGUCCUUGAGGGAGAAGUCUGUGGUCUAUGUCAAUGCCUAUGGAGAAUUUGUCGAGCAUCAUAAAAUAAAGGCAACCAACAGAAAAGGACAGGAAACUUGCUACACCGCUGCAAAGUUUGUCAUAGCAACGGGUGAAAGGCCACGGUAUUUGGGGGUCCCAGGAGAUAAAGAGUACUGUAUUACUAGUGAUGACCUUUUUUCUCUGCCUUACUGUCCUGGCAAAACAUUAGUGGUGGGCGCAUCUUAUGUUGCUCUGGAAUGCGCGGGAUUUCUUUCCGGACUCGGCUUAGAUGUCACGGUUAUGGUGCGCUCGAUCCUUCUUCGCGGCUUUGACCAGGAAAUGGCAGAGAGAGUGGGUUCCUACAUGGAGCAACAUGGCGUCAAGUUCUUAAGAAAAUUUAUACCUGUGAUGGUUCAGCAGUUGGAGAAAGGGUCACCUGGAAAGCUGAAAGUAGUGGCUAAGUCCACCGAAGGGCCAGAAACUAUUGAAGGAGAAUAUAAUACAGUUUUGUUAGCAAUCGGUCGUGACUCUUGUACGAGGAAAAUGGGCUUGGAUAAGAUCGGUGUCAAAAUCAACGAGAAGAGUGGCAAAAUACCAGUCAACGAUGUGGAACAGACCAAUGUGCCCUACGUUUACGCUGUGGGGGAUAUUCUGGAGGGUAAACUUGAACUCACACCUGUUGCCAUACAGGCAGGCAGGCUGCUGGCUCGGAGACUCUUUGGGGGCCGUUCGGAAAAGUGCGAUUACCUCAAUGUUCCGACUACAGUGUUUACUCCCCUGGAGUAUGGCUGCUGCGGGCUCUCUGAAGAGAAGGCUAUCCAAGUGCAUAAGAAAGAGCAUCUCGAAGUGUACCACACCUUGUUCUGGCCUCUCGAGUGGACCGUGGCUGGCAGGGACAACAACACUUGCUACGCAAAGAUAAUUUGCAACAAAUUCGACAAUUAUCGGGUGAUAGGAUUCCAUGUUCUCGGACCGAAUGCCGGUGAGGUCACCCAAGGAUUUGCGGCUGCAAUGAAAUGCGGGCUCACCAAACAACUACUCGAUGACACCAUUGGAAUUCAUCCCACGUGUGGCGAGGUGUUCACCACGUUAGAAAUCACCAAGUCGUCGGGACUAGACAUCACCCAGAAGGGCUGCUGAGGCUAGCCCCGCUGCCGUGCGGCCGACCUUGUCCCAUCCCGUUCCUGUUGAACGUGAGGAUGCCCUCGCACACCGAGUCUGUGCUCGCACACUGCUCUCUUGCGCAGGGAUCAGCUCGGAGACGGGAAGGACAAGGAGACCGGACAGCAGCGGGCGCGUGCUCGGCGGCCUCGGCUGGCUGGGAGAAGCAGGUGGCCUGCCUGCUUGACGCCUCAGCUCGGAACCCGUUGACAGGUGAGCUGAGGCCGAUGGUCUCCCGCGUCAGAGUCGAGCUUCCCCUCGAAGGACCUCGCCAGCGCGCAGCUGAUCCGAGUUCAGUUUUUCGGCGGCUGGUGUUGUUACCCCCUUGCCUCGUUGUGUCUGUGCAAGCGUUUCUCGGUUACGAAGCCGACUGUCAAGCGGCGACCCUGCAGUUCGUGGGCCUGGAAUGCGGCGUGGUGGCUGAUGGGCGGCGUCCCCGAGAGGCCCGCCAGGCGCCGGCUGCGGCCCGUGCAUUCCGGGACGUCGCCCGCGCUGCGCAGGUUUCAGUCUUCGGACGCUUUACCCACAUCACCCCUGGCCCGUGCCUCACCCCGUCCUGGUUCCCGGUGGCCACAACCUUGGAGUCCUCUGUAUCAGCGCCGCCUGUCCGAGACCUGCUCUGUCUCUUCUGCACCUGAUCUUAAGAGUGAUAUUAAAAAGUUUUCAAUACUGUU